AUGUAUUCAGACGAGGCUUCGUGCUCUGAUUGUAAAUUGGAAUUAGUUGAGAGGAAAUGGACUGAAGUGUUGAUCAACUGGUUAAAUAAAUGCGUUUAUCAAACGGACGAAGUGUUUGACUUAAAUUUGAGAAAUCUGGUCGAAAUAAUCAAUAGAUACAAAGAAGAUAUUUGUUCUGAUGACUUGAACAGAGCUCUGCUGUGUACGGAUGAUCUAGAACCUUAUAUUGGUUAUAAAUAUCCAAUAUUGCGACUCAGAGACUUAUAUCAAGCCUCGGAUCAACCAAAGAAAGUCUACAUCAUGACUUCCAUCCUACUCUUUCAUUGCUGCAUCAACUCUCAGAAUGGUCAAGUGGAGAAAGACAUUUGUGAGAAACUCAGCAUCGAAGAACAAGAAAUCAUUCUGAAGUUUUGUGAAGCAUUAAGUGAAAUGGAAGCAACUGUCAAUAAUGUUGAUACAGCAAUCAAAGAAGCCUGCGACGUCAAUAAAAGCAGAAUCAACGACAAACAGGACCUACCAUUGGAAGAUAUCGACACAUCCCAAUCAACGAUGCGAAUGACGUCAUCAUCCGAUACAUUGAAACCUAAGAAACCUACAUUGACUUUCAAAUCCUCCAUUACCGUAUUGCCAUCUGUUAUAACUGAUACAUCAUUAUCGCGCUCGUCGUUUGACGCCUAUUCAGAUGUAUCGAACUACAAAACGUAUGGGAAAUUAGAUAUUAGCGAUAUGGUGUCCUCCGAUUCUAAAGAUACGGUCGAGAUGAGGCCGCAGUGCUUGCAAGACAGUUUUGAGAGACCAAACUGCCAAGUGGAUUGCAACUGCGUAAGAUGCAGCGCCUCCACCUCCUGCUGCGUAGAUCCUGGCAGUUCUAUGGACAAAUGCGAUCCACCGGUUGAGAAAAACACUGAAAGAGAGUGGGACAAAUGGAAGCUGUACACGAUCAUAUCGGGUGUGUUGGUGCUGGUGGCUCUUGUUGUUGUGUUGUGUACAAUACCGCUGUGGAGGUCGAAGCCGAAGAAGGUGAAAGCGGUGCGGUUGCACGAGGAGACCAGUUAUCAUCUACCAGACUGGCUAUGGAAAUGCUCAGAUGGUUUCUGCGACAAAGUAUACCGUCCUAACACUAACGAAAACCUGUACACCUCCAUGAGUCGCUGCAAGCUACUAUGCUCCGGUCCACAAUUAUGGCCCUACCCUAUCGGCUACACUUACUUCAGCAAAACCAUCGUAGCCCUGGCAACAAAUAAACUAGAAUAUAAAUUCCAAUCAGUACCGUCAGAUGCAGUACAUCAAUAUUUAGCUGAGGCAUUUAAAAUAUUCCUCAAAGACGUGGCGAGAUUGGAGAAGAUCGAUACAAAAUCCAGAAACAGAACUAGGGAAAAUGUCAAAAAGAUGAUAAUACAGAUCGACGUGGAGAGUGAUCCUGAUCCGAGACUAAGACUGAAUACUGAAGAAGCGUACACGCUCAAAAUAGAGACGGUAGACGAUCAGGUAGUGAUCAAAAUAAGCGCUGUAUCAUUCUGUGGCGUGAGACACGGCCUCGAAACGUUGAGUCAAAUAAUACUCCUUGAUCAAAGUACAGGGAGCCUUAUAACACUUUCACAUGCGGUUAUUAAAGAUGCACCUAGCUAUAAAUAUAGGGGACUCAUGAUUGAUACAGCGAGAAAUUACAUACCAGUGAUAGAUUUAAUGCGCACGAUAGACGCAAUGGCAAUGUGCAAACUGAAUACGUUUCAUUGGAGAAUAUCAGAUGUAACAAGCUUUCCAAUGGAGUUAUUAAGUGUGUCAGAGCUAAAAGAAUAUGGAGCGUAUGAAAGAGCCUUGAUCUACACAAGAAAAGAUGUUAAAUCAAUUGUCAAAAGAGCCGGAGUUCGUGGUAUAAGGGUGUUAAUUGAAGUGGCUCUGCCAGGCCCCGUUGGCAGGCCAUGGAUGUGGCUUCCGGAAGCCACUUGUCCAACUAAAGAUGAUAAUUUUACUUGCAACAAUAUACCCUGCUUGCGACUUCCAAUGCAGGCAUCUGUAUUUGAAAUAAUUCAGAAUAUUUACACGGAAAUCUUAGAAUUGACGAAUGUCGACGAUAUUUUUCAUUUAAGCGAUAGUAUGUUCUCUUUCACACAUUGUAAUAACUUGCUGGAAGAUAGGGAAGGGUUCUUGGAUAAAGCGCUGUUUCGCUUGAAGAUGGCGAACAAGGGAUUCCUUCCAAAAUUGCCAAUAAUAUGGUAUUCUAAUCACCUCACGCGGGAUUUCGAAGCGAGGAUUUGGGACAGAUUAGGAGUUCAGCUGUACGUCUGGGACCAGAAUCCGGAGGAGUUUUUAACCAAAUUUAAAGUGAUACAUUCGACGAAAUGGGACUUGUCGUGCGAGAUGAGCAAGCAAAGAUGCAUUAAAUACAGAUCAUGGCAAGACAUGUACGGCUGGAAAUCUUGGAGAAACCUGGAGGUUUUCACGAUAGAGGGGGGGGAGGCCGUGCUUUGGACCGACUUGGUGGACACCGGUAACCUGGACGAUCACCUCUGGCCUCGUGCAGCAGCGGUGGCUGAGAGGCUCUGGUCUGACGUGGUCGCCAAUUCCAGCGCCAAUAAAUACGUGUACGCAAGAUUGGACACUCACCGUUGGCGUAUGUUACUCCGAGGUAUUAAGGUCCAGCCGAUCUGGCCAGCCUGGUGUAGCUUCCACCCCAGCAAGUGCCUUCAGAGAAUAAACUAAUAAACCAUAU